AGCAUUAGAUUAGAAAAGAAAAGAAAAGAAAAGAAAAGAACGCUUCUCUCCUUCCUUCUCCCUCUCCCUUUCCUCUCUGUCUCUAAUCUCUAUUGCUUUGUACCAACGUCGUUUUCUCUGUUGUUUUGGGUUCUUCUCCCUCCUUCUUUAUACAACACAUAAACCCACUCAUCGUUCUCCACCACCGCUGCAACGAAUGCCCGCGUCUCGCCCAUCGUCCUUCUAGUUUCCCUCCUCAUCCAUCAGUCUCUCUCACCCCUUCGUAGUCAUCACACUGGAGACAGAGGUUCUUGUUUGAAACAACGGUAGAUUGAUCUCCAAUCUCCACCGCACUCCAUUAUUUGCAAGCCUCACCAUUCUUCACGGUAAAACUUCACAUUUACACUCUAUUCUUUUCUAUUGAUUUUAAUUUUUGCUCUUUUCUCUUACAGUUAGUAUUUUCAUCGUAAACAUAACAAUAAUGGUGGUUUCUGAUGUUGUGAUUCAAAUUCUAUCCAAGCUUCCACCACAAUCUCUUCUUCGAUUCAAGUCUGUUUGCAAAUCCUGGUAUCAUCUUAUCAACCAUCCUAAAUUUGUAACAAAACAUCUCUUAGAUUCUUUUCCCCAUAAACAUGUCCUCAUCAAACGUGCCCUCACCAACCACUCUGGCAAACAAGAACUUGUGUUCUCCAUCCUCAAAUUCUCUCUCAAUGGAUCUGUGUCUAUUAUGGACAUCAAUUUGACAUUCCAAGAGAUCGAUCCACUUUUAGAACUUUGUGGCCAUUCUCACGGCUUAGUUUGUCUUUCCGAUUGUGACGAUGCGUUCCUUGUUAAUCCUAUGACCAGACAGUUUCAUAAACUUCCGCCAUCGAUUCUUAUCUUUCGUGGUUGCCAUCAUGACGAUCCUGAUUAUUACUCUGCAAUACCAUUUACUAUCGGAUUUGGGUAUGAUGCAAAAUCUAGCGAUUUCAAAGUUGUUAGAAUUGUGAGUUGUCGAGGACAAGCAAAAUCCAGUAUGAGAGUGGAAAUUUAUGAUUUGAGCAAAGAUAAAUGGAGAGAAAUUGAAGCUCCUGAUUUGUGUGGCAAUGCGAGAUUUAUACCUUCAUUUGAUAUGUGUCACGAAGGAAUAUUUUAUUGGUGGGGAUAUGGUGAACCAAGGAUUAACGAAGUGGACUCUAUUAUAACAUUUGACAUGAGUGAAGAGAUUUUUGGUAAAAUUUCACUACCGGAGAGCUUCAAUGACACAAAGCAUAAAAUAAGUUUAAGGGUUUUGAAUAAAUCCAUUAUCCUUUUUGUCUAUCCAUUUGAAAGUAAUGAGACAAAUAUUGACAUUUGGGAGAUGGAGAAGGAUGAAUCUAGUGUUGUUUCGUGGUCGAAGCUAUUGACCAUUGACCCUCCUUUUGGAGUUGAGCAUCCAUUGUUGUUUGUAAGUUGUGAAGAACUGUUAAUGGAGUCCAGUGAAGGACAUGUGAUUAUGUAUAACACGGCAACUCAACUAUUCAAAAAGCUUCCAAUAGAAGGGGAUGUAACUUAUGCAAAACCUCACAGAUUUGAAGCUCAUGAUCUUUUUAUUGAGAGUUUGUUACCGGUGGAAGGGGGAAGAGAUAUGAUCAAUUACGAUUUUUAGUAUUUUCGGGUUUUACUAUUGUAAGUCAUAUUGUUUGAUGUAUGUUCUUUGAGUGAUAUGAGUUUUAGUAUUUUUCAAAUUAUUUUAAUUAAUGUUUAGAUUUUGUUACUUAGCUUUCACACAGUAAAAUUGUAUUGCUUUUAGAGUAUAAUGUUUAUUUUUAAUGUAUAGAUUUAAUACAUAACAAAACUUAUUUC